UUAUCUUAUCUAAUAACAUUUUGUAAUUUAGUGUUAUUUUAAACUUCUUUUUGUUAUUAAUUUUUCUUAACAUUAUAUUAUUGUGUAAAGAUAGGUUUAAACGAGUUGAAUAAAAAUUAAUUCAGCAUAAUUACACAUAAUCAAAAAAGGAAAUAGUUUUACUUAAUAAUGCUUUUUACAAAAAUCACGUUGACAAAAUCACAUUUUUUACAUCUUACCAGGUGUUUGAUGAGUAACAAUAAAGCAAUUGCGUGACAUACAUCACACGUGUCGUGCGGCGAUAUUAACCAAUUGCGAGAAAAAGGCAUUACGUGAGGGGACCAAGAACGAAGAAUGGGUGCUUUCCGAUUUUUUCAAGUCAAUUUACGUCUAUGGUGGUGGGAAAAACGCGAGUAUACUGUAGCAAAGGUUUUUUCAAAAUGUGCAGCAGCUCAUCCGAAUAAAGUCGCUUACAUUUUCGAGGACAAAGAAUGGACAUAUGAACAGUUGGAACACUACAGCAAUCGUAUGGGACGUUACUUCCGAACCAGACCAUUUUCUCACUUUGACAGUAUAGCUGUCUUUAUGGAGAAUCGUCCUGAAUACAUCGCUACCUGGUUGGGUCUUAGCAAAGCUGGUUUCGUAGGAGCUUUAAUCAACACGAAUCUUCGUCGUGAUGUACUUCUGCAUAGUAUUAACGCUGCCGGUUGCAAAGGUAUCAUUUUUGGAUCGGAACUCAAAGAUGCGAUUCGUGACAUCAAAGAUAAAAUACCUGACAUUGAGCUUUAUCAAUGGUCGGAGUUGGCGGACACGCCGAUUUUGGAAGGUGCAGUCGAUAUUAACAAGAAAAUCAGCACCAUUGAUUCUGGACCUCUCUUUGUUCAACUGGACCAUAGCAGUCCCCGAGAUAAAUUAAUUUACAUCUACACAUCUGGCACGACGGGAAUGCCAAAGGCUGCUGUUAUCAAUAAUUUGAGGUUCAUGUUAAUGACAUGUGGCGUAAACUCAAUGCUUAAUCUACACUCUGACGAUCGAAUUUACAAUCCUUUGCCUCUUUAUCACACCGCAGGUGGCAUACUUGGAGCUGGUCAAGCACUUAUGGGAGGCGUCACUGUCGUGCUUCGUAGAAAAUUCAGUGCGUCUAAUUAUUGGUCGGAUUGCGUUCAUUAUGAAUGUACUAUUGCACAAUAUAUUGGAGAAAUCUGUCGUUUUCUCCUUACAGUCCCACCAAGCGAGUAUGAUACUAAGCAUAAAGUGCGUCUAAUGUUCGGAAAUGGUUUGAGACCGCAAAUUUGGGAAUCUUUUGUUAAAAGAUUUGGCGUGAAGCAAAUAGGAGAGUUUUAUGGAGCCACUGAAGGAAAUUCAAAUCUUGUCAACAUUGACAAUAAAAUUGGUGCUGUUGGUUUUAUACCAAGAUAUCUUUCCGCCUUGUAUCCGGUUGCAUUGUUGAAAAUUGAUGAAGAUACGGGAGAGUUAUUGAGAGGAUCGGAUGGAUUCUGCAUACCCUGUAAACCUGGUGAGCCAGGUAUUUUUGUGGGCAAAAUUAAUCCAAAGAAAGUGAUAAAUGACUUCAGCGGCUAUGCAGACAAAAAAGCUUCAGAGCAAAAGAUUAUACAUGAUGUCUUCGUGAAAGGCGAUCGCGUUUUCAAUUCUGGUGAUAUUUUAGUAAUGGAUGAACUCGGAUAUUUUUAUUUUAAGGACAGAACUGGUGAUACGUUCAGGUGGCGAGGUGAAAAUGUUGCUACCUCGGAAGUAGAGGCCGUCAUAAGCAAUGUGAUUGGUCUCAAAGAUGCAACUGUAUUUGGUGUUGAGGUACCCGGGAACGAGGGUAAAGCAGGAAUGGUAGCUAUAUAUGAUCCAGAAAAUUCCUUGGAUUUGAAAGGAUUGGUAGCAAAGUUGAAGAAAGUUUUGCCAAACUACGCCAUACCUCGUUUUAUUCGUAUCCUGUCAGAACUGCCUAUGACUGGAACUUUUAAAUUACAAAAAAAGGAUCUUCAGCAAAAUGGUUUUGAUAUUAAAAAGGUUAAAGAUCUAAUUUAUUUCCUCAAUAAUGAUACUUUUAUAAAGAUGACUGAUGAACACUACAAUAAUAUCAUUACAGGAAAAAUUCGAUUAUAAUUAUUCUUUGCGGCAUACUUUCUUAGGAAGAAACGUUCUUUCUAAAACAAAGUAAAAUAGAAUUUUAGACAUAGACUGAAACGUUUUUUAGAAUAUUAAAUUUCCAAUACAUUAGUGGAUUAAAUUAUUAUUUUGUGGACCAACCUAUCGUCGUGUCUUUUCUCACAAAUGCGUUUGUGAGAAAGCAUAUAUUGUUUCGAAAAGAAAUAACAUAAGAUAUUUUCUAUUAGAAUAAUUAUGCCUAAGAUAUUUUCUAUUAGAAUAAUUAUGACUAAUACUUUACAAUUUAUGAAUUAUUUGUAUAUCAGAUUUAUGACAAUGUGAUGAAUAUAUUCCAGUGCAAAUUGUAAAAUAGCGUAAUAGACGAUAAUUUACUCAAUGUUUAAGAGAUGAGAGAGAGAGAGAGAGAGAGAGAGAGAGAAUAUUUUUUUAAAAAGUUAAAUAUAAAUCUUAAUGUAGUUAUAGAACAUUUUUUCAGAUGGUAUUCUUUGUUUCAUCUUAUUUGAAUUUAGAUAAAUUAAAUUAAGCACGUUUAUUUUGUAAUUGCAAAUUUUGAACGUCAAAUUUGUCAUCAAAGAUUUACAAAAAUUUUAUUAAAUAAUGCAGGAAUUUUAACGGAUAUAAAAGAAAUAAUAUAAUGUAGAAAUCUUAACAAAAUGAAAGAAAAAGGAUUUAUGAAAGUAUUUAUGAAAAUGUAACAAAAUUAAUGUUUUGUCCAUUCAGAUUGCAUUGUUAAUUAAUAUACAUCUUAUUAAGUUAUCUAAAUACAGUAGCUUACUUGUUAAGAUUUGAAACAUAUACUGUGCUGUAAAUAAUUGAAAUUGAGUUUCAAAUUGAAACAUCGAAGAUCUGCACAAAUGCAACAGUCGAUAUCAAACAGUUUCUUCCUCUGUAGAUAAAGAUUUGUAAUUAAUACUCGUCAGGGCCGGGAAUUUAUCAGAAUUCCGAGUAGAAUUCUUUUCCGAUUAAUCGAAGGAGUGAGAAAUGGCUCGAAAAACUAUUAAAAAUUGUACUUUAUUUUACUGAGAAGCAUAUUUAUUGCUAUUUAUAACUGCACAAAUGUUAAUCGUCGAACGGCAUUUGCUCAUAUAAAUCUAUUUUCCAUUUCAUUCAAUCUAGGAUUUUAGUUAUAUUACAAUGAGUAUAGAGAAUUGCGAGGCAAUUUAAGUGGCUUUACCUUAUCAUUGAUUUUAAAUACGUCUUCAAUCUUCUCAAAAUUGAAAAAAGUGCUCAGCAGUGCAUGACGUUGUCAAAAUUGUGUAAAUUCGAAACUCUAAUCAUUUUGCUCACUGGCAAAUUUUCUUUUAAAAGUGUCACAAUAUUUUUCAGAAUAAUUAUUUCGAAUUUUCUUUGUUUUCUUAGUUUUUCUUUGUUUUCUGUUUUAAAGUAUCUGUAAGUUUACAAAAAGGAUAACUUGAUAUCUUAAACACUUUUAAGGGGUACUUACUUUUUUCUUAUCUUGAUUGAUGUUUGUUUCAAAUUUUUGCAUAUACCAGUUUGAUCAGUAAAAGAACUCUAUAAUAAAUAAUUUUGGAAAAAGUUUGUCAAAUUGCAAGUGUGAAAAUUCCACACUUAUUGUUAGAUUAAUUCGAGUGUAAAGCUCUUUACACUCGAUAUAUAAGUUGCCAUCACUGAUACACGUAAUUAUAUAAUAUUAAUAUAAUUAUAUCUAUAUAAGUUAUUUGUAAUAUUGAUAUAAAUUAUCAAUAUACAUUAUUUGUAAGUUGAGCGAGGACGUUAAUUAACGUUAAAUUAAGUUUUGUUAAUUAGACUUUUUCAUGUUUAAAAGAUCCGUACAAUUGCAAAUUGUCAUUUAAUCAAUAUUACAUCAUAUCACAAAUUGAAAGUAUCCGCUUGCAAAUAGCAGCAAAAAUUUUGUUUCCUGUGCUUUAAUUUUUUUACGAAAUUACAAUAUCCGAAAAACAGCUUGAUAUAUUGACUGUGGGACUUAGGCUUUGUGCAGUCUAUUUUUUGUUUUGUAAUUCUUAUUAUAUAUAAGUAGCAUACGUGUGUUUCCGUAUAAAGUAGUUUAACAUAAAAUUAAUUAUUUACACAUUGUUAUCUUUGUUAAUCUAUACUAUUAACAAAUGACAAUAUUUUUUAGUCCCUGUGAAGGUAUAUGUAUACAUACUCAGAGAUGAUAUGUCAUAGAAUUGAUGUGACAUCUAUUUUUGAAAAUGUACGAUUGUUAAAUAAAACAAAUUUAUUGUAAUAAAAAUAGUUUUGACAAUA